CAGCUUCAGCAGCGGUUACCGCGCAUGCGCAGCAACGCCCAGGUGCCAGGGCUGAAGGGACGCUGCUGCCGGCCGGCCUGGCGCUGAAGGCUGCGGACUAGGCUCGGGGUGGGCGGCUUCGCCAUGGAGGAGGGCGGCGGCGGCGGGUUCCGCCUGUCAGCCGAGUGCCUGGACGAGCCCCCCAACAGCCGCGUGUUCCUGGUGCUGGGGAAGGAGACGGGAGAGGCGCUGAUCCGGGAGCGCUUCGCCCCGUUCGGGGAGAUCCAGGACAUCUGGCUGGUGCGGGACAAGCGCACCCACGAGUCCCGCGGCAUCGCCUUCGUCAAGUUCGCCCGCAGCUCGCAGGCCUGCCGGGCCAUGGAGGAGAUGCACGGCCGGAGCCUGGCGCCCGACGCCAAGCCCAUCAAGGUGUUCAUUGCCCAGUCCAGAGCUUCUGGAAGUCACCGCGAUGUUGAAGAUGAAGAGCUUACACGCAUCUUUGUUAUGAUACCGAAGUCCUAUACAGAGGACGAUCUGAGGAAUAAAUUUAAGGUGUAUGGAGACAUUGAAUAUUGUAGCAUUAUUAAGAAGAAGACUACAGGAGAAAGUAAAGGUUUGGGCUAUGUGAGGUAUUUAAAACCAUCCCAAGCUGCCCUGGCAAUAGAAGAGUGUGAUCGAAGUUACAGGGCCAUUUUGGCUGAACCUAAAAACAAGCCAUCUGAAUCCUCUGAACGUGAAUAUUACAGUAGUAGCAGUAGUAUGAGGCAGGAGCCAAUGGGGCAUGACCCAGGGCCUAGAGGGAGUGUGUUUCCCUUUGAAGGGCAGCCAGAACUUGGUAGUUUUGAAAAGAGUCAGACGAGAGUUCGAGAAUCCGUUUCUAAACGCCUGUCAGUGGUAUCGCGACUCCCCUUCAUACAAGAGCAGCUGUUCUUCCUCUUUGAUCUAGUCCCAGGACUGGAGUAUUGUGAUGUUCAGCGAGAUCCUCAUACUAACCAUGGGCAUGCUGUGAUUCAGUAUACUACUGCAGCAUCAGCUAUAUAUGCCAAAUACAAGCUACAUGGUUUUGAAUAUCCUCCUGGAAAUCGGCUAGGUGUAACUUUCCUUGAAGAUGGGAGUGACGGAUUGGACCACAUCAGAAAAAUGGCAACACAGCUGGUGACUUCACAAGUGUCAUCAAUAGUGUCACAUAAUAAUCUAGUUGGUCAGCAAUUUACAUCUUCUCCGUACAGUGGAAGUUCUAGCUCUCAGUUAUCUCAGCCCCAAACAGAUGCUGUACUUCCAUCAGCAAAAAAAAAAGUUCCUCCUGAGACUUCUGUGAAGGAAAGGCUUUUCAUAGUGUUUUAUCCUCAUUCCUUACCUGUAAAUGUGUUGGAGGAUGUAUUCUGUCGGUUUGGACAUCUUAUAGAAGUUUACCUUGUGACAGGAAAAAAUGUGGGCUAUGCUAAGUUUGCAGACAGAACAAGUGCUAGCGAUGCCAUAACUUCAUUACAUGGCAAGAUUGUGAAUGGUGUCCGGCUUAAAGUAAUGUUGGCAGAUUCACCUGCAGAAGAAUCUAACAAACGUCAAAGAACUUACUGACCCAAUGGUGCAGAGACUAAAUAAUGACAUGACCCUCAGCUGACUGACUGAAAACAUGACUAGACAUGGUUCCUGUGGACAGUGACAGCUUUUUGUACUGUUAGCUGAUGUUUGUGGAAAAAAACACUUUAUUUUUAAAAAACCCAAAAUACAGAAUGUCAUUUAAAUCCACAAUUAGCCAACGUUUUUAAUUGUAAACUGAUAAUUGUUGUAAGUCUGUCAUUCUGUAUUAGAGAAAUAAAUUUUUUGUUUAAA